AUGCACCGAGGGGAAUGCCGAGUUGGAACAGGAGCUUGUUUUGAAUGUGGACAGCAGGGGCAUAGGGCUAUGAAUUGUCCAAAUAGGAAGGUCGAAGGAGAUAAGAGCGGAAAUCUCACUGAUAAGAAGCCAAAGGUUAACGCGAGGGUUCAUACCAUGACCGAUGUUGAGGCGGAGGUGUCAGGCAACGUGGUCACAGGUACUCUUCUAAUUAAUUCUGUGCCUAUAUACAUGCUAUUUGAUUGUGGAGUUAGUCACUUUUUUGUUGUUAAAAAUUUUACAAAAUACUUGUGCAUUUCUACUGAAUGGACGGACCACCCUUAUCAAGUGGCUACUCUAGGAAAUAGAAUCCUAGUGUCUCAUACUAGAUAUCCAAACUAUAAUGUGAAAUUGGAGGAUAGGGGAUUAGAAGUGGAUCUGGCACAAAUAAAUAUGAGUGAUUUUGAUGUUAUCUUAAGAAUGGAUUGGCUAGCUCGAUAUUUUGCACAAAUUGAUUGUAAGAAGAAGAGGGUGUUAUUCAUGAAACCGAACGAGAAGGAUUUCUCUUAUCAAGGAAAUGUUGGUGAUAGGAAAAUUCAUAAGUUACCUCUUCUAUCUACCAUGCAGACAUAUAGGGCAAUAAGAAAAGGGUGCGAGGCAUAUUUGGCUUAUGUUAUAGAUACGGAGAAAGAGAAGACACCUUUAGAAAAGAUUCCGGUUGUGAAGGACUUUCCUAACGUGUUCCCGGAAGAGCUUCCUGGUCUACCUCCGAAUAGAAAAAUAGAGUUUGAAAUAAAUAUUAUACCUGAGACGACUCCCAUAUCUAAGAUCCCCUAUAGAAUGGCGCCCGCAGAAUUAAAGAAACUUAAGGAGCAAUUACAGGAACUACUAGAUAAGAAGUUCAUUAGAUCUAGUGUUUCUCCUUGGAGUGCACCAGUACUCUUUAUAAAGAAGAAGGAUGGUAGCUUGAGAUUGUGUAUCGAUUAUAGGGAGUUGAAUCGAAUCACAAUAAAGAACAAAUACCCCCUUCCGAGGAUAGAUGAUCUUUUUGACCAAUUGAAGGGAGCUAAAGUAUUAUCUAAGAUAGAUUUGAGAUCUGGAUGCCAUCAAUUGAAAAUUAAAGUUGAAGACAUCCAGAAAAGUGUAUUUCGUACGAGGUACGGGCACUAUGAGUUUUUAGUAAUACCCUUUGGAUUAACCAAUGCUCCGGCAACCUUUAUGGAUCUGAUGAAUCGGUAUUCAAACCGUAACUAG